UGAGCCGACAAGCCCUGCUGCCACUGCUGCUGAAGGCUCAGCAGCCACCAAAGGUUUAUAAAAGGCCGAUGGUUCCCCCCUCUGCCAGUCUCUCCCCCAACUCCAGGACCUGCCAGGCGCAUCCACCUUUCCCAUCUUCUCCUCACCUUUUUCUUACUCCACCCAACAACAACAACCCUAAACUACUUGCUUGAAUAAUCAUUAAUCAUGGAGCAUAUACCUCAUACCAACACGUUAGAUUCUCCGGCAGAACUUUCUGCUGGCUCGUUCACCCCCCCAGGAACUCCACCCCCUCUUCCGGGUGUCUCAUUCACCCCCCCAGGAAGUCCUCCAUCUCUUGCCGAUGGCUCCUCCACCCCCCAAGGAACUCCUCCACGUCCUACCGCUGGCUUCUUCACUGCCCCGGGAAUUCCACCUCGUGUUCCUGAUGUGUCCUUCACUCCCCCAGGAACUCCUCCUCCUCCUCCUCCUCCUCCUCCUCCUUCCAACCCCGUCCCCAUUCCCACCCCGGAAGUGAUUGAAAUCUCUGAUGAUCAUGACGAGCCGAUGGAGCAAGAUCCAGUUGAGCAAUCGUGGCGGCGACUCAGCCACCUCAUCAAAAACCGUGAGGAGCGAAUUCAAGCGGCUCUUCAGACUCUGGCUCCUGAAGAUGGAGAAAGGAUAGUCGGCUUUUUCCGCAAGAUGAUGAAAUAUUUCCUCGAACUCUCCGAAAACACGCAGCGAGACAGACUCGAUGCUAGAGAGCACUCUUACCUCCUCCGUGAUAUUCCUCAAAUUCAGCUUAUCUUGCAAGCAACCGAGGAAUCCAAUGCGCAACUCUUGGCCGAUCUGAUCAACCACUGGAUCUCUCUUAUCCAAAACCUUUCCAACGCUCGCAGAUCGCAGAGAAUUCAAGACCUGUUGGCCAGCAUGAAGAAUCCGCCCGCCCGCUCGGCUCGGCGGCGUGCCCCCUUGGAAUGCCCGAUCUGUACCGAUAACCUCUCCGACAACAGACGCAGCAAUGUUCGAGCACCUUGCCACCUUACCCAUGUCUUCCAUCGAAUCUGCCUUGAAGAAUGGUUGCAAGGACAGCUCAACUGUCCAAUGUGCAGAGCCCCAUUUGUACUUCCUUGUGGACGCCAACAGCAAAGCUCAGAAAGCUUGGGCAGCCACUACCAUGUUUAUCAGUUCUUCAUUCAGAUGUGUAUGGACCUCUAAGUCCCCCCCCCCCCUAUGUCCCUAUGCUUGUCUCUCCCCCUAUGCAAUUUCAAAUCUCA